AUGCCUCAAACUGAGUCAAUCUGGGCAUUGCCAGUUAGGAAAUUGACUAAACUUGGCAUUUUAAAUAAUCAUCCCCACAACAAGCAUCGAAACGGAAGUCUUCAACAGUCAUACGUGUCUUUCAUCAGCAUUAUCAAUGUUUUUAUUGUGUUGUUACAUUUAUUUGAGCCAUGCUCGGCCGUGAUAUACAAGUUCCCUGUAAAACAGCGACGGCAGCCUGUCAGUCAGAGUAGAAAUGGCUCAGGUGUUGGUGAAAGUCUGAUGCAUGUUUUCCGGAGGGAGGCUUCUUCAUCUGAUGACCUGACCUCUAUGAGAAAUAAUCUUGUUGGGCUGUCUGGCAAUGGGUAUUAUAUUGACGUUGAUAUUGGGACACCUCCUCAGAGGAUGCAAGUGUUGAUAGAUACAGGCAGUGCCAACUUUGCUGUUGCUUCCGAACAUGAUCCAAAUUUAAGUCAUUAUUUCCAUGAAGAAAACUCCAGCUCUUUCAGCUCCAGUGGAGUGGAGAUAUAUGUGCCUUACACAGAAGGAGAGUGGAGAGGCUUUCUGGGGACAGACAUCGUCACGCUGCCAUCAGCAUUAAACUUAUCAGCUACCGUCAACAUUGCUUGCAUCACCGAGUCCAAGUCCUUCUUCAUCAGUGAUGCCCAGUGGCAGGGCAUCCUCGGCCUGGCUUAUACUGAACUGUCUAGGCCAGAUUCUUCAUACCUUCCUUUUUGGGAUACCCUGUUAAUGGAAAACUUGGAUGUCAGCAAUGUGUUCUCCAUCCAGUUGUGUGGAUCUUCCUUUGUGCACACUAGGGACAAACCACUCAUGGAGGGAACUUUGAUAAUCGGAGGUGUUUUGCCAUCAUUAUCAAAAUCCCCACUGUUCUACACACCGAUAUACAAACAGUGGUACUAUGAGGUGGUUCUGACAGACGUACAUGUGGAUGGACUGUCCCUGGGUCUGGAUUGUAAGGAGUAUAACUUUGAUAAAACCAUCGUGGAUUCUGGAACUACAAACAUCCGUUUACCCCAGAAGGUGUUUGAUGCAACAGUUCAGAUAAUAGACAGCUAUGUACAGGGACAACAUAUAGGACCUUAUUUCUACACAGGAAGUGACGUCGCUUGCUACGCGGACAUGGUGGUUCCCUUCUCGGUUUUCCCGGUCGUCUCAUUCUUUCUCCUGGAGUCUGAGAACACCUCGUUUAGACUGGACAUCACAGCACAGCACUAUCUUCGACCGGUAGAGAACAUUCAAGGCGGAGGUGUUCUCCCCAAUCAGUCGUGCGUCAAGUUCGGCUUCUCUCCGUCUGCCUCAGGAACUGUGUUAGGGGCAGUUCUUAUGGAGGCCUUUUAUGUGGUGUUUGAUCGCAACACGUCCAAGAUUGGCUUCGGCCAGACCACCUGCCCACUGCCUGACCCGGCUCACCAGAUUCUGGAGCGGACUAUUUCUGGGCCGUUCUCAUCAAACAAAAACUUGAACGAGUGUGCCUACAAGAAACCAGACAGCGGAGAGGCCAGAUACCUCGUGAUUUCCUACGUCAUGGCCGGCCUUCUAGUUGUGGUUCUUCUGCCGAUGCUGCUGCUGUUUGCUAUGUGGACAUGUAAGCUGGUCAGACGGCGGAGGCGUCGGGGAGACUCGUCCGAGUCGCAGGCUGUGCUGUCAGGUUCAUAA